CUAUUUCAAAUUGUCUUCGACCUCCAUUCAUCCUUAAACCUUCUUCUUGCCGUUUACUCGGUUCUAACACCAUAUUUUACAGAAAUAUAUAUCAUUAAUAUUAUCAUAUUAGUCCAAAAAGGCUUUGAAUAAGCCUAAUAAGAGUGCUAUCAUUUAUUUCCCACUUGUAAUAUUACAACUGUAAAAAUGGCGUUAAAAUCGUCAGUGCUUUUAAAUGGGCUUUUUGCAAGACUUUCCCGGCGAAACUUUUCAACAUCAAAGACAUUAUCAGCGAACAUGGUCCCUGUUCGUGAUGCUUUAAAACAGGCAAUUGAUGAAGAAAUGGAGAGAGACGAAAAAGUGUUCAUUCUAGGUGAAGAAGUAGCCCAAUACGACGGCGCAUACAAAGUUACCAGAGGUCUUUGGAAGAAGUAUGGGGAUAAGAGGGUAGUAGACACUCCGAUCACAGAGAUUGGCUUUGCAGGUAUCGCAGUCGGAGCUGCCUUUGCUGGUCUGCGGCCUAUCUGUGAAUUCAUGACAUUCAAUUUCGCCAUGCAGGCCAUAGAUCACAUAAUAAACUCGGCGGCCAAGACAUUCUACAUGUCAGCCGGGGCUGUACCCGUUCCGAUAGUGUUCAGGGGACCGAACGGAGCGGCGGCGGGAGUGGCGGCGCAGCACUCGCAAUGCUUCGCAGCUUGGUACAGCAGUGUGCCCGGCCUGAAGGUGCUCAUGCCGUACUCCUCGGAAGACGCCAAAGGUCUGUUGAAGGCUGCUAUCCGAGACCCUGAUCCAGUAGUGUUCCUGGAGGAUGAGAUUGUCUACGGUGUGCCCUUCCCCAUGUCCGAUGAGGCCAUGUCGCCUGAUUUCGUAUUACCCAUUGGUAAAGCGAAGGUGGAGAGAGCCGGAGAUCAUAUCACCAUAGUGUGUGCGGGGAAGGCGACUCACACUGCGUUGGAUGCAGCCAAUGAGCUGGCCGGGAAAGGUAUCGAGUGUGAGGUCAUCAACCUCCGCUCCAUCCGGCCGCUCGACUUCCAGACUAUCGCUCAGUCCAUCGCCAAGACACAUCACCUCAUCACGUUGGAGCAAGGUUGGCCGCAGUCUGGUGUGGGAGCUGAGAUCUGCGCUCGUGUGAUGGAGUCACCGUCGUUCUUCGAGCUGGACGCGCCCGUGUGGCGAGUGACCGGCGCCGACGUGCCAAUGCCAUACACCAGGAGUCUAGAGACGCUCGCUCUGCCGCAGCGCGGGGACGUGGUCGCCGCCGUCGCCGCUGUACUAGGGAACAGAAUCAGCGAGGCGUCGGUGAGUCAGUGAGUCAGGGAAGCGGGACCUCUACCUGUCCGAGGAUAUUGUAAAUACAUAUUUAUGUUUAUAUUUAUUUAUAUAUGAACGAGCGUCUCACAGACUCCUGUCGCUGUCAUGGACAUAGAUAAUUAUUAAUCAUGUACAAUAAAUGUGUAACUCUUUGUA